GCAGAACAAAAGCAUUUGGAAGCAACAGGACCUCUUUUUAGCUCUCUGAAGAGCUGGAGGGAAGGAAGGAGCAGAGCAUUCGCUGAAGGGAGAAAGGAAGAGUUUUGCUGUUGUGAGCCAAGAGAUAAAGCAGUAGAGCAGUGUAAGUACAGUCCUCUGGAGUGGAUAUUGAGAACCCCGCUGAGGAGGAAAGCCCCAUCUCUCUGCUGAGACUCAGUGUUCAGCACGCAGCAACUCCACUCCUUGCCCUUCCCCACACCCUGGUAUCUUGGGAUAGGGCUAUACGGGAGAUUCUCUGAUGGAUUACAAUCUCAGCAAACUCUAACUCCAGAGGAAGAAUGACAACUGAGAGACUUAAACCAGACUUUUUACUUUCCUGGAGAGGAACUGGCUCACAGUAUUCGGCUUUUUUUUAAUCCUCUACCUCCCUCUGCUGUUAUCACAGCAAAGUUCCUCAACAAUGGGAAGUCAUGUACUUGCAGCUUCAAUUUCCAUGCUCUCGCUCCUGGCAAUGAUGGGAGACACGGACAGCAAACCAGACAGUUCCUUUAUGAUCGACACCGAUCCCAGCCGCUGCAUGAGGCAUCAUUAUGUGGACUCCAUCAGCCAUCCCCUGUACAAGUGCAGCUCAAAGAUGGUGCUGCUGGCUCGCUGUGAAGGACGUUGCAGCCAGACAUCGCGCUCGGAGCCAAUGGUGUCCUUCAGCACUGUCCUAAAGCAGCCUUUCCGCUCCACUUGCCACUGCUGCCGGCCCCAGACCUCUAAGCUGAAGGCCAUGCGGCUGCGCUGCUCAGGUGGCAUGAGGCUCACCGCCACAUACCGCUACAUCCUCUCCUGCCACUGCGAGGAAUGCAACUCCUAGGGACGCGCCUGCUGCAGUGCUGCAGGACCGGGAUGCUGCUGCUGGGGAGGGCUCCCAAGAAGUGACUGGAGAUGAGACCGACAGUCCCAGGACACAACUAACUGGGAUGGAUAGAGCUGAGAGAUAAUGAGGAAUAUCUCCUGGGGCCUGAAUGGUUCUGGUACCAAUCUGUGGCAAUGGCAAAAGCAUGUGGACUUGGUUUUAAGCAACCUUUCUUUUUUGCUGAAAGGAUAUUUUUGCCAGUUUCUCCUUUUUCAGGCCCAGCUCAUGAUUUACUUUGGGCCCUGAGCAGUAACAGCUCAACAUAGAACGCUGGAGGGGCAGCAGCACUGUGCACUGGAAGCCAGCUUCCAGACAGAUCAUGGGCAUUGGUUCUCACAUACAACAUCUUCACUUGUCUGUAUUCUCAGACUCCAGGCUACAUCAGCCUUCACACAAACUGUGUUGUUGGCAAGGGCUACCCACUGCUGAUUUAUCAGCCAAGUGCUGGAUAGCUUUAACUGUGGUUUAGCAGAAAUUACAAAUAAAUCACUGAAAAGUGAACCUAAUGCGAAACGUACCUCUGGGAUUACCCAGCGCCAGCUGAAAAGAUUAUUUGCAGUAUACAGCUUCACAGUUGAGUGGUUGAGGGACUCUUGAGAAGUGUAAGGUCAUGAGGCAUUAUUCCCCUCUAAAAGCAUGUAAAUGUGACACAUUACAUCUGUCACAAAAGCCAUUAUUCAAGCACUAAAAACUAAACAAGAAAUAAA